AGUGUGUCUUUGCUCUCCCAGUAUCUCCCUGCUCAGAGCCUGCAGGGCCGGCUGUGCUGGUGGCAGAGGGCAAGCAGGAGCGUGAGAUGGAGCGCCUCUUCUUGCAGGGCAGCGGGCAGCUGCUGGGGAGAAAAUGCUGCACCAAGCGCCUCUGCCUGAGCAAAAUCUUGGGAACUUCCCUGGCAGACCCGCUCCAGCCCCCUCUUCCGAGCAGCAUCCCCAGAGCCAACCUGCAUGUGGGGGCUGCCACUGACUCCCUGCCAGGCUGCCUUUCGGGGUGCUUUAAGAGCCUGCUGUUGGGGCACGGCCCUCCUCGCCGCUUUCUCGCUGGUUCCAGCUUCAAUGUGCCCCCCAGCGCGCAGUUCGUAGCCCGGCCCGUGGGGAUCUGCUCCAUGCUGAAGCUGCCCGUCCAGACUUCACCGGAGGGGCUGGAUGCUGCUUUUGUUGGGGUGCCCCUGGACACAGGAACCUCCAACCGCCCUGGCGCAAGGUUUGGCCCUCGCCAUAUUCGGGCCGAGUCGAGCAUGAUGAGGUCAUGUAAUCCCAGCACCGGGGCCGCACCUUUCCAUUCCCUCAUGGUGGCCGACAUUGGCGAUGUGAACGUGAACCUCUACAACCUGCUGGAGAGCUGCAGGCAAAUCCGAGAAGCCUAUCAGAAGAUUGUGGCAGCCGGCUGCAUUCCCCUCACGCUGGGUGGAGAUCACACAAUAACAUACCCAAUCCUGCAGGCGGUGGCAGAAAAGUAUGGUCCCGUGGGACUGGUGCAUGUGGACGCUCAUACUGACACAGGAGAUAAAGCGCUGGGGGAGAAAGUCCAACACGGGACGCCGUUCCGACGCUGUGUGGAGGAGGGGCUGCUGGAUUGCAAACGUGUGGUUCAGAUCGGAAUCAGAGGUUCCUCCUACUUCCCGGAUGCCUACAAAUACAGCCGGGACCAGGGUUUCCGCGUCGUCCUGGCUGAAGACUGCUGGAUGAAGUCAUUGGUCCCACUGAUGGGGGAGGUGAGACAGCAGAUGGGAACCAAGCCCAUUUACAUCAGCUUUGAUAUUGAUGGAUUAGACCCUGCGUAUGCCCCUGGCACGGGAGCUCCUGAAAUUGCUGGUCUUACACCUGCUCAGGCUUUGGAGAUCAUUCGUGGUUGCCGAGGACUGAAUAUAGUGGGGUGUGACCUUGUUGAACUUGCACCAAUAUAUGAUGCUUCUGGUAACACAGCCCUCAUGGGAGCAAAUCUGCUGUUUGAAAUGUUGUGCGCACUCCCAGGAGUCAAAACAAUUUAAACCAGCAAGGAACAACCUAGGCUAAUGAGCGGGCCGUAUAAAUGGCCUCCUUCAACUCAGUGGACCGCAAGAUUGUUAUAACGAAGACAGUCUCCUGGGAGAGGGUAGUUUGGCUA